GUGGAAAACACAUCAAAACAAGUUAGCACGCUGAGGCGAGAAGAACACUGUAAGAAUAGCAGGAUACUUCGUCAAUAGAACUUUUGAAGGUAAGAUUUAUAUUAUACUAUUCUAUAACAGUAUUGGUUUAUUGUACUUUGUAUUAUUUAUACAAGUAUAUAUACCAGUUUUAAAAGACUAGAAGUAUAUACUAGCUAAGUAAUAGAAUCAACUCCUUUUGGGCUUAUGUUAAAAUUCUAGAAAAACAAUGCAUCUUUUAAAACAUCCAUGGCAUAACCGAAAAGGCGAUAACGUACACUCGCUGCAUUAGUGCGCAAAUAUUUUACGAUUUAAUUUCAUAGUUCGCAAACUGUAUAUCUGGCUUAAAAUGCCUUUAAAAUUAUGUAAAGCAUGUCGAUAUCGUUGAUUCGCUACGUGUAUUAUAUUUUACUUUUUUUACAUGCUAUCGUUUGUUUAUAGUUGUUUGCAUUGAAGCAAUUCGCAUCAAAUUAGACUGGUUGUUUAAACACAGCCAAACCCCUAUCGCGCACGCCAUUGUACAUAUCUAUGUACAUGCACUUAAAAGAUGUCAAAAUCUAUCGCCACUCCUGUUUUGUUUAAUUUCCCCUCUCAUUUAUUCUCGCUUACGUUUAAUUGUCAAAAACACACUCAGAAAUUCGGAUUGUAACAUCCCAAAUUUCGCAUGCACGUAAGGGUAUUUGCAUGCCUGUUAACAUUUGCAUGCACAUUCUGCGCUUGUAAAUUUUACAUAUGUUAUCUGAAUUAUCUCAACAAGUGCGCACUACAGAAUGCAAAGUGUUGAGUGCGAUAGAUUUACUCGUGUAGUCCUCCCAUAAAUAUAAUUUAGAUUGAUUUAAAUUUUCCGUGCGCAUGCAUGUAAAAUAAGCUGGGAAAAUCUUUCAGCUGGGGUCGAUCGUCAACCGACACUGCUAUAAUCAGAUUGAGAAAUAAUAUCAAAUAUUUUUUAUUAUAUGUAUUGCUCAUAUAUUGGUGCCGAGUGAAUAGAAUUGAUAAAUAGGCCUAUAGUUAAUUUUCUUGCUGCUAUAUUAAAAAUGUGACAAUUCCGAGGUUGACCAUGGAUCAUCUGCCGCCCUGGACCUAAUCCUACUGAAAUCUGGAGCAAUUUUCGAGUUUUCAUCAGCCAAAGGGUUUAUUAAUUUAAACGACUGUUUAAUUUAACUGACUAUUUCCGACUAGCGCUUCCGAUAAUGUUUUCUGAGAUAUCAGUAUUUGCGCAACCUAUGAUUGCAACAAUACGCGCGAUCGAUGUUAAUUAAUUAGAAAUUUUGAAGGUAUUUUUUUAAUUUGAUCCGAGGAACUUGCCAGAAUGUCUCUCGGAAUGUGUAAACGACUGUUCCUCACUUGGUAGCAUUUCCUAAUCUAAUCAUGGGUUAAAGUCAAUAAUUUAAACUGCCUUUUAGCCUACAGUGAAGAUUCUUGCGUAAACGAACCUCAUAAUAAUUUAAGGCUACCUUUACUGUACACUAUACUGGAUAUAGCUUUUCGUAGCGGCGCGACUAAGCAUCUAUCCGAUACGGAAUGUACAACUUUCAGAAGCUGAGCGACACAACAUCUCUCCGCGUUGCAAUAAUUCCUCUGAAAAUGGCGUUCCUAAAAGAUGUCUUUUCACGGAAAGCUGUGGACGUAGCCUAGAUUACAUUGUAUAGGGUUAGGGGUGGGCAACCCUUAACCCUAUACCAUUGAAUGACAUGGUUGAUAUAUAACCGAAAAGUCCCAAACUGCAUUAAGUAACCAUUAAUGAAAUAGUUGCAUAGGAAAUUACCAAGUGCAAAUGCUAACCAAACUGUUUAAACUCGUCGACAUGUUAGCUUCUUAUAAAUACAUGGACUGAUUAUGUAACUUAAUCUCCUGAUUGGAAAAAUGAAUCUAAAAUGUAGAUGACAUCAGAGCCUUGCAACUCGCGCGUAGGCGUCACUUCAUGAAAACCAUCUAUUUGUAUAAUUCUAAGUGUCAUGCAUCGUUUUGUCCUAUGUAUACAAUAAUUGUGUACAAUACAAACAAUGUAUACUUAAUCUUGAUUUAAACCCGCAUCAACACAGAAAGAUUAUGCUGGAUUAUAAUAUUAACUGAAAAACGUCAUGCCACAGCUUGCUCCGCGCCCACCCAGAUAUUUUCAUGUGUGACUAAACCAAACUAACUUUAUUUAUACCGAAUAGCCCUGUCCGAUACACGAAAGGUAUCCUUCAUUAAAUUGGCGCAGUGUUACUACCGGAAGAAACCGGUGAGCCAGAUAUCCUGGGAUGUUUGUUAGAGUCAACAUGCCGAAAGUAACAUUGACAUUGCCAUUACUUGACCCACAAUUUACACUUGAAUGUUCCUGCAGUCUGCUCACAGUUAUUGCGCAUUGCUUCACAUGUUUAAAAACAUGUACCAACCGGCUACCACUUACAGUUCUAAACAAAGAAAAACAAAGUUGCUUUCAUAAAAACAUAGACUGCUAAGGACACCCAACAGGAACCUGUGAACAGCGAACUCUGUAUAUAUCUGGUAUACUAGAAAAAUGUCAGUCAUUCGGUCUAUGAGAAAAAUGACGCCAAGAUUGCUGCUGAAAUUAACGUCCAAAAUCUAGACACGUGCUAUAUACGUCUUGUAUAUACUAAAACUGUCUGUACCAGUGUGGGUAGUACCAAUGUGAAAAUGCUGUGCUGAGGGGUAGUACCAAUGUGAAAAUAAUAAUUGUUUUUGUUUGUGGAAACACCACGUAAAUUUAUUACUGCAAAGCUCCACAAACAAAAACAAUUAUAUUUUAUCGCCAUGCAAACAUUCAAAGAAUUCAAUGUGAAAAUGCUGUGCUGGGUGGUUAUAUUACUACCUUACUGUACCAGUGUGGGUAGUACCAAAGUGAAAAUGCUGUGCUGAGCGGUUAUAUUACUUAUUGCUCUAUUGUUUCCAUUGAGACAUUUAACGUUUCACAUUAGCGGAUUAAUAAGAUCGCGCUUCUAUCCAGACAAUUGACAUCUCAAUUCCAGCGCAUUUAAGCGCGAGUUAGAAAAUGCUACUCACAAGUUCAUACCUAGAAACGUCGCUCGAAACGUCGAGUUUCUGCUUAUUUUUUAAUUAAGGUGGUAAUAUAACCAUGCACUCAGCACAACAUUUUAUACGUCUUAUAGUCUUUGAGGGUUUUUUCCCCAGCUAAUUCAACGUUUUUUUAACGGAUUAUAUCGCUAAUCUAAUUAUCAGUUGUUCAUAAAAUCAUAAUAGUAUUCUUUAAAUCGAAGUCAAAAUUCGAAAUUUUGGUAUGCUCCUUGCAAACUUAAAACAAUCGAAUAAAUGAAAUAAAACAAUGGAUUCUCCCUUUCGAGUUCUUACUCCAUAUUUACAGAGAGCUCGCUGACUAUACGUAGAACACGUUGAAGCCUUGAAGGCAUUCCAGGUAUGAACUUGUGAUUAGCAUUUUGAGAUGUCAAUUGUCUGAAUAGAAGCGCGAUCUUAUUAAUCCGCUAAUGUGAAAAGUUAAAUGUCUCAAUGGAAACAAUAUAGCAAUAAGUGCGCCAUAUAUAGUCGUAAUCAUUUCUGAUGCAUGUGCAAAGAGUUUUAUAAAUGAGCCUAAUUUACAAGCACAAUAGAUAUUUUACAGUCGGCUUUUUCAGUAAACGCCAUUCAGCCCACUCUUCAAUUUGGUGCGGUCUGAUCUGAUGCAAAUCAUGCAGAAAACGAUAUUAAUUAUUAAAGCAUCAAAUUCCUGCGAUGUAGUUUUGCGCAAAUUUUUUGGAAUAACUCAUUCUACUUCUUGGCUUUGAUUCCAAACAGCCAAAUUAGGCAAUUGGCCGUCAUUCUUACUAUUAAGAUCAAUAAGGCGCCUUCGUAGCUAUGGGUUUGAGCGAAUGACAACGUUGGAUAUUUCACAUACUCUGCAUAUUUUAAUUUAAUUAAAUGACCUUCCUAUGUCGCCAUAGGCGAAAGCGUUGAAAAGUUGCUCGCGUGUGGAAUUUAUUCCUACAAGACAAGGCGCAGGAAAUUUUAAUAGGAUCAAAUCAAAUAUUCACAUGGGUUUUGUACUUUUAAGUCUUAAUCCGAUAACAAAAGGCGGCAUAAGCCUCGUCCUGUUGACGGUGACGAGGAAUUAACACAUGCAUUGUAAUACGUUAUUUUAUUUUAGAAAAUAGCCCUAAGGAAUUGUUUGCGUUAUUUUCGUCUUUUAAUCCUCACUACACUGCUUUUUGUAAAGCGACAUACCUCGCCCUUUUUUCAUGAAUUAACACGUAUUGUUGGAUACGCAGAUGGGAUAUUUUUAGCUUCGGGUUGUUUCCUGUCCCAUUUGCCACAUGCAAAAAUUCAUCGUAUUGCUUCUUCCUUGAUUUUCUUUCCUUAUUUUGGAUUUUUAAGAUGCAUUGUUUCGGAUUAUUUUUUGUAUUUAGUAUCUAAACUUUAUCCAUUUCAUUGUCAAUUGUCAUUAUCAUUACCAUCAUCAUCAUAAUCAUCAUAAUCAUCAUAACAAUCAUGAUCAUCAUCAUAACAAUCACUCUCAUUACAACCAUGAUCAGCACCAUCGUCAUAACUAUCACUCCCAUUACAAUCAUUAUCAUCAUAACUUUCACUCCCAUUACAAUCAUUAUCAUCAUCAUCAUAACUAUCACUCCUAUUGACAAUCAUCAUCAUCAUAACUUUCACUCCCAUUACAAUCAUUAUCAUCAUCAUCAUAACUAUCACUCCUAUUGACAAUCAUCAUCAUCAUAACUUUCACUCCCAUUACAAUCAUUAUCAUCAUCAUCAUAACUAUCACUCCUAUUGACAAUCAUCAUCAUCAUAACUUUCACUCCCAUUACAAUCAUUAUCAUCAUCAUCAUAACUAUCACUCCUAUUGACAAUCAUCAUCAUCAUAACUUUCACUCCCAUUACAAUCAUUAUCAUCAUCAUCAUAACUAUCACUCCUAUUGACAAUCAAUCAUCAUAACCACCACCUCAUUACAAUCAUUUUAAUCGUGAUCAUCAUCACCAUAACCACUACGAUGAUCAGCACCAUCCGGUUCAGAUUUUGAUUCCACUACCGCUACAACCAACCAAUAAGACGCAUUCAAUCCAAUUAACCAAUCAAAUGCGUAUUAAGCCAGUCAGAGGUUAACCGGUGGUGGUAUUCAAGUCUGAACCUCUGGACAACCAACAAAAUGCCUCGUAACUUGUAGAUUAUAAAUUAGAUCUGUAUUCUGUAACAAUAUACUUGUUAUUAUCAUCAUUAUCUAGAUAUUCAUUUCUUGAUAUUUAUUCCUUUCCAGUUGAUCAUUUAAAAUGAGGAUAAAAGAAAUUAUUUUAAUCGUUGCCAGUCUCUGCUGUAUCUGCAGCAACGCUUUACCAACAAACGUAUUGAACGAAAUAAAUAAAGGUAAGAUCUGUGAAAAUAUUUUUGUUUUGCCAAACAUAAAAGCACGACAUUAUAUAAUAAGUUUUGUCAUUUUGCUCAAUGUCCAUUGUCUUCUCAUUAUUUUGAAAAUCCCACUAUUCUCCAUGCCAUCCAGUCAUGAUUCAGUAAUAGCAAUAUUCCAUUGUUUUUUCAUCAUUUUAAAAAUCGCACUGUUUAUUCAUUUAUUUAUUUAUUAACUUUACAAUCAUACAAAAGUGCUAUAAAAUAUAUAACAAUUGGACAUGAGUCCCAUGUGAAGACCAGCAUGCCAUACAGUCAUGAUCCAGUAAUCACAAUGUUCCAUUGCCUUUUUAUUAUUUUAAAAUUCUCGCUGUUCUCCAUGCCAUCCUGUUACGAUCCAGUGGUCGGAAUGUUCCGUUGUUUUUUCAUUAUUUUAAAAAUCUCGCUGUUCUCCAUGCCAUCCAGUCAUGAUUCAGUGAUCACAAUGUUCCAUUGCCUUUUUAUUAUUUUAAAAUUCUCGCUGUUCUCCAUGCCAUCCAGUCGCGAUCCAGUGAUCGGAAUGUUCCAUGGUUUUUUCAUUAAUUUAAACAUCUCACUGUUCUCCAUGCCAUCCAGUCAUGAUCCAGCCAUCGCAUUUCUUUUCAUUAGUUUGAAAAUCUCACUGUUCUUCAUGUCAUCCAGUCAUGGUACAGUAAUAGGAAUGUUCCACUGUUUUUCUUCUUCAUCAUUUUAAAAAUCUCACUCUUCUCCAUGCCAUCUAGCAUAUAAUAAUAAUUUUUUCUCCACGUGUUAGCUUGUACCCAAGAACCAAGGGACAUUUUCCUGGUAGUCGAUGGCUCUGCCAGCAUUGGAAAUGACCAGUUUGAAAGCGUUAGGAAAUUUAUACUCCAGCUAAUCAGUGCAGUCAGGGUCCACGAAGAUUACACGCAUUUUGGCCUACUGCAGUUCAGUACAAAUGAACAAACAAAGAUAGAAUUUGGUCUAGACGAUUCACACGAUUCUGAUGUGUUAAUGGAGAAAGUUCGAGGUUUGAAAUAUCAAAGCGGACUUGCUACCAGAACUGGACGUGCUUUGGGAAUAGUUGAAAGAGAGGUAAGUCGGUUGAAUAUUAUUGACGGAUAUGAGCUCAGCAAAACUCCUCAAAAAUAGUGUCUUUUGACUUAUUCUCAGCCUUAUACGGUGAAAAAAUAGCUUUAACCCUUGGAGAAUAUCUAUGAAGACAUCAUCUGUUAGAAAAAAAUGUCUAUACAGAACACUAAACUUACGCCGGAAAGGAGGAUAACGUCCACGUCCAGACCUACAAGUUUUUUGCACUUUCCCUAGCCUAGGCGGAUCUACUAGGGGGUACAGGGGUGCUUGCCCCUCCUACUUUUGUCCAGCUUUCCUCUAGUGAUACCAGCACCCCAUGAAGAAAACUCUGCUAUUCCAUAUUAAGUUUAGAUUUAACGCCAGAAAAUACUCAAACACAAAUACGGCGGGUCAAAGUGUAACGUAGCACUUUUCUUAAUUUUUGCCUAAAAUACAAGUGCCGUGAGGACACAUUUAACGAAUAAAUGUAGUAUUCAGAAUGGAAGAAAUGGCAUUUCAGAGCCUCAAAAUGGUCUUAUCUCCCGCCCCCCAUUGACAGAUUACUAAAACUGGUUUCGAGCGAAUUCGAAAGUUUACGAUGUAACUGUAAUGUAAGCGAAUCAGACAACAACGAUACAAAACCAUACUUUUCUAUUACUCUUUUACACACUAUAACAAUUCUAAAUAACAAUUCUAAUGUCCGUGUCUCAUAUUACUAACGUCCUAAUACUUUGCCAAUCACCCCUGUGUCACUUAAUACCUAUUAAUUAGUAUAGUCAUAUAUAUUACACUAUCCCCCUCUCUAAUUGAGAAAUUACAUAACCAUGAACGCUUCUUUCUCACAGGUAUUUACACCGGAACACGAUGAUCGUCCAAACGUACCUGACUAUCUCAUUAUCUUCACUGACGGCCAAGCCACAGACAGAACGAUUGCUUUUAGGAAUGCCAAGAAGCUGAAAGAAAGAGGAGUGAAAAUUGUCGCUAUCGGAGCGGGCAAAGGCAAGUUUGAAUUCUUGGGUCAGCUGGAAGCAAUUGCCAGCUCUCCGUCGGAUGUAUGGAUGGCCGAUUUUGAUAAUUUGAACGAAAUUGUUGGAGUUAUUGUCAAAGAUAUUGUCAAUGAAGUGUGUCCAACUCCACCCCCGGAUCGAAGUAAGUCUUUGGUUUUUGUGUGGGGGUAGGGGGGCAUCAAAGGGGGCAGGGGGCGCCCUCUUAAUAAUUUACAAUUGCAUAAAAGAAUUGUAAAAAUGAUAUGCCCAACAAGUAAUUGGUGUUCGAUUUCUAGUGGAAUACGCAGUUUUCUGAUUAUAAUUUAUCCUCAGAAGAGUUCUGCCCAACAUUGCAGACUUUCCGAACUUUCCCCCUGUAGUAUUUCCUUCUGUGGAAGGGUAAAGCAUGACCCUUACUAGACCUCUAUAGGGACAAGAGUUUAGAAAAUGAUAAAACUAUUCAGAGUAAAUAAAAGGUCAGUUUAAGUUUCCUCAUGUAGUAACAAUAAGAACGGACUCUUACUGGACCCCUAAGGAGAACAGUUUGGAACUGAUAGAGCUAUCCAAUAGAUCUGGAUCAAUAAGAGACGACUCUUACUGUACCUCGAGGGAGAACAGUUUAGGACUGAUAGAAUUAUGCAGUAUGGAUAAAAUUAGUUUAGUUUAGUUUAGUUCAGGUUACAUCCGUAUGACUCAUAUUUUAACCAUUGUAUUGCGUUCUUUCCAGCUUCAAUGAUCUGUUCUCAAGAACCACGAGAUGUUUUCCUCGUUGUAGACGGCUCGCUCAGUAUUGGAAACAGUGAUUUUGAAAAAAUCCGACAGUUCUUAACGAAACUAAUCAAAACAGUGGUGGUUAAUCCUAAUAUGACUCAUUUUGGACUGCUGCAGUUUAGCAGUAGGAAGAAGACGAGAAUCGAAUUUUCGCUCGAUUAUUCACACAGAGAAGCAACGCUCUUGAAUCGUGUAAAGUAUUUAAGAUAUCAAGAAGGUACCAGUACUUACACUGGAAUUGCUUUGAAGAUUGUUGAAGAACAGGUAUGUCGGUUGAGUAUUCAAGCUAAUUCCUUUACCUUUUUGUUGUUAAGUGCUUGUUAACCUACUUAUCCUGCCAUCCUGGGUACUUUUGCAGGGAUUUUCAGGGUUCUCCUUAUCAGGCGGUAACCGGUAAAAUUUACCGUUUCCACGAGCACUGAUUACCGCCUGGAGAAGCCCAAGUUAAAUAUACGUUUGUGUACAUUUGUUAAGAAAUAAUUAGUAAUAAGGUGUGAGAAAAUCCUUUAUAUAAUAACUACAGUGAAACACGCAAUUUUAUUGGUCAAUAGUCGUGCAGGAUCAGGCUAUCCUGCACGAGGAAUUAUAAUGCCUUCGCGGGAUUUUCAAAAUGUCAUAGUUUCACUGCAGUUAUUUUAUAAAACAAUUACCAAAUGGUUUUCCAAGCAGGAUAGCGUGAUCCAUGCACUUGGGAUGUUGCUCGACUUUUGGAAAAGUGUCAAAAUACACUCGCCUGCAGCUCGAGUAUUUUUACGCUUUCCGAAAGUCUCGCGACAUCCCUCGUGCAUGGAUCACGCAAUCCUGCACGGAAAACCAUUCGGUAUUCCUUUAAUAAUCAAUCAAUCAAGUAUUGCUGAAAUUCCACAAUAUUAAUUAUUUAGCAUCGAUAGAUUGAAUACAGAAAUAUCCUAUAAACCCGAUCUGUGAACAAAAUUUUUUGGCGGAAUGAUUAUAUUAUCAACCCAGCGUGGGCCUGAGGACUGAGUAAUUAAAUUGGCGUGUGUUUAGAAUAUAAUCUUUAGUAUUCUAUAAAAGGUUAAAUCUUCCCUCAAAAUGCAGGAAAUGCCAUUUCAGAUUUCAAAAUUUUCCGUUGGUAUACCCCAGACCCCCUAGAGGUUUGUAUAGGUGCGACUUGAUGCUUAUACCUGUUGAAAAACCUGUUUUACCUGUCCCACUCACAACUAUGGAGAACCCUGGAUUUUAAAAUCCUAGAUUUUUCAUAGUACACACGUAAGAACGCACAAGUUGGUACAGGUUUGCAAAGUCGUUCUUACAAAUCUGUUCUCAAGCUGUCGACAAGUUGUGUUCGCACUGCUUGUUCCCAGUCGUUGUAACAAGUUUGGAGCAAGCUGUUAGUUAACAACCUGUAACAAGCUUGAUGACAUUGUUAGACUUGUUAAAAGGUUGUUCUAACAAGUCUGAUACAGUCGUGAUAUAACAAGUAAUUAGUUACAAGAUUGACGACACAAGGUUGUAACAAUAUUGUUAUAUUAUGACUGUAUCGGACUUGUUGGAACAACCUUGCAACAACUCUGAUAAUAUCAACAAAGUUGUCAACAAGUUGUUUCAAAGUUGUUGACAACUUGGACAAGAAGUGCGAACACAACUUGUUGACGGCUUGUGGGCAGACUUGCUACAAGAUGCGAGAUUUUUACAAGUGUAACACACGCCUCGAUGCAAAAUGCCAAUUCCUCAAGUUUUCGUUUUGCUAACCACCUGUUAAGGAAUCUUCUCUGAAGAAUAUUUCGUUUUCCCCUCCAGGUAUUCACAGUCGUAGGGGAUGAUCGCCCCGAGGUCGAGGACAUCCUGAUUGUCUUCACCGACGGCGCAUCACGUGACCAAAACGUGGCGCGAAAAUACGCAGAUAAGCUGAAGCAACGAGGGGUGCACAUCAUUGGCAUUGCAGCCGGCUCGAAACGUCGCGAGUUUAAGGACCAGGUUGAGGAGAUUGCUAGCAGUCCCGAGGAUGUUUUUAUGGUUGAAUUUGAUCAAUUGCAAGAUGUCAUCCAUAAGUUGGUCAACAAAGUAUGCAAAGCACCACCUAGUAAGUAUAUAUGCUCGCUUUUUCGUUAUUUUAUACGCCGGUGAAGGCCAGUUACAUUAGGGACCGAUCAUUAUUUAUGGCGGGGGGUGGCACCGAAGAGAAAAGGGUUGGGUAAACUAAAUUUUGAGUAACUAAAAGGUUGGGUAAAUGAAAAACAAAACAACUCAAGGGUUGGGUAAUACAAAGUUAUUGUCAUUUCCAAAGCAUGACUCACUUAAAUAUUGGAGACUGAAAAGCAAUGUCAACAGUCAUAUGUCAAUACAAUAUGUAAAUCAAUCAGCGUCACUAUCUUGAUCAUUUUCCGAUUGGUUGGGAGACAAAUGGUGUCUCCAAAGAAAGUACAUGUACAUACAACAUGAAAGUUUAGUUAUCAAACUUGUGUCACAGAAGUGGUAAAGGACAUGUGUGACAACUGAAUGGUAUUCUUUUGUAAAGGUUCUGGCCAGGGGUGGGUAGUUAUUUUUUAACUGAUAUUUGAGGUUGGGUAAUCAAAUUUUUUUGCUUUUUAAUGGUUGGGUCAGCAAAAUUUUUACCAGGAAAACAUUUCUCUUCGGUGCCACCCCCCAUCAUAAAUAAUGACCGGUCCCUUAUCAAAGAUUCUGUGAUCACAGUAGGAAUUUUGCAUAGGUAAAUUCUACGUUUUGAAGGAUUUGUAAGGAAUGUUUGAGGGAACCGUGACUCGGUGUUAAACACAGAGUCCCUUGAAUAUUUCUUACAAAUCCUUCAAAACUUCCAGGUGAUCUUGAUACGCGGAAAAGUACUGGUACUAGUUGUCAAAUAGAAAUCCAUUUUAUGAUUAAAACAACUGAAUAUCUCCUGUAAUAUACUUUAUUUCGAUUCCAAAUUUUUGUCAGAGCUAUAGUUCUCAUAACCAAACAUAAUUACAAAAUUUCAACUAGUUUCAUAAAGAAUAAUGAAAGAUAUAAUUGACUGAAUACAUCAAAAUGGAUUUCUAUCCGGACAACCCUUUCUGCGCGCUGAUUGGCUAAAAUACGAACACGAGAUCACCUGGUUAGAAAAUAGCUGUGCGAAAUUCCUACUGUGAUCACAGAGACUUUGAUACUGCAAACCAGGCGUAAUAAACGCUUUCUCGUUACCCCGCCCAGGAGUUUAUGUUUUUACCUGGAUUUGUAUGUGAGUGUGUAUGUAUAUGUGUUUGCCUGUAAUCACGAUAGCUCAAAAUAUACCCAACGUGUAAAUUCGCCUAUUGUAUAAUAACUAUAAUUUAUACAUGAUAUGUGACAUAAUUUAUUGUAUAUUAUCUAUAACUAUACCUCCAUACACUAACAUUUCCCCCUCCUAUUUCAGCCACGCUACCCCCAACAACUACCCCAGCACCCACCACAACACCCGAGCCCACCACAACCCCAGAACCCACGACUACCACCGCCGCCCCAACGACCACCCUUCCUCCUACCACCACACUCCCUCCUACGACUACCCCUAGCCCCACCCCACCACCCCCGGUAUGCCAUAAAGACAUUCAACGAGAUGUGCUCAUUCUCCUCGACCUACCCAGACAAGUGUCCCCAAAAAAAUUCGGAAUGGUUAAAAAAUAUUUGAAAAAAGUUGUCAAGCACAUGUCAAUCGACGACGGACGAUUCAUGGUUGGCAUCAUGAACGUGGGGGAUAGCUCGGAGCCACGAAUGUAUUUGGAGUUCUCGAAAGAUUUGACUGAGAAAAAACUUCGGUAUAAAAUUGAUAUGUUGAAGCGAGAAGGCUCGAGAUAUAGUUUCAGUGUUGCAAGUUAUCGUCAGGCCGGCUAUGAGGUAAGCUGAUUUUGACACAUAUAUAGAUAUAUAGCGUUCAACCAACAGCACUUAUCCAGAUAUCGUUUCAAAAUCGUUAUAGGGACCAGUCCUUAUUUAUGGCUGGGGGUGGCCACGAAGAGAAAUGUUUUUCUUCAUGGUAAACAUAUUGCUGAUCCUACCAUUAGAAAGUCGACAUUUUUUACCCAACCUCGAAUAUCAAUUGAAAAAUGAAUGCCCACCCCUGGCCAAAAACGUUACAAAAGGAUACCAUUCAGUUGUCACACAUGUCCUUUACCACUUCUGUGAUACGAUUUUCAUAACUGCUUGUGCAAUUUCCUGCAGUAUCUUUUUUCAUGUUGUCUGCACAUGUACUUUCUUUGGAGACAUCACCUCCUGAUAAAUCGGAAAAUGAUCAAGAUAGUGUUUUGUAUUGACAUAUGACUUUUGACAUUGCUUUUCAGUCUUCAGUAUUGAGUGAGUCACGCUUUGGAAAUGAUAAUACGUUUUUAGUACCCACUGAAAAUUUUGUUUACCCAACCUUCUCGCUUAAGGCGGGCCAGCUCGGUUCCUAGAAUCGUUUAAAGAAAUUUAAGAGGGCAUAAUAACAAGGCGGGAUCUUGCCAAACUGGGCCAGCUCCAUCUAAACAGCCGUAUAGUGAUAAUUUUUUAUCCAUAUUUUUCUAGUUUCAUAAAAUGAACUACAAACAUCGCCGUUCUGAUGUUGAGGAUGUGAUCAUCCUAGUCACGACCAGGACAUUGCAGGACCGACCCUCGUGGGACAAUGACCUUUUAAGAGCGAAAAAAGAAAUUCAAAUGUUUGCUCAAAUGGGAGUAGAAGUAGUAACAUUAGCCUUGGCGAAACAACGCUUCCGUAUCUCGAUGCAAAUGCAACAUAUGACCAGUUAUCGUGAACCAAUCAUUUUGUCAAGUUAUAAAAAGUUGUUGAGAAGCGAUGCUAAGGUGCUCGAAGUUAUGCAAGGAGUUUGCCCCACUAUUAAUGGAGUUCCCGGUAAGUUCGUAUAAAAUAUUGAGGAUGGUUAUAUGUACUAUUAAAGGUGAUCUACAGUCCGUAUGUAAACAAAGCCUUUGUUUACAUUUUUGUGUCCAAAAUAUUGAGCUUUAUUCGAAAACUAUUUAUAUUUUCAAGCUUCUAGAGUACAAUAAAUGAUCAAGAAACAACAAUCAGGCUUUUCAAGAACUCAAAACAUAGUUAAACUGUUUGUAUCAUAAAAAGUGGGCUCAUUUGUGCACAUGCGCAGAUCGGACUGUAGAUCACCUUUAAGGUUUAAGUUUAAGAUUAUAAACAAAGUUUAGUCCAGUAUAAACAAAGUCUACGUCGCAGUGAAAAUAUUGUGAACUAAAACAUCAUCUUUGCAUAUUUUUAGCAACAAAACCCCCAAAUCCCGAAUGCAGAAGAACACCUCAUGACAUUUUCUUCGUUGUGGACGGAUCGGCGAGUAUUAGAUCGCGCAAUUUUGUACAUGUGCGAAAAUUCCUCAUGGAUCUCCUCGGCAUGCUCCGAGUGGGAAUCUCGGACAUCAAUAUAGGAAUGCAGCAGUUCAGUGAAGUAAGAAAGACGAAAAUUAUGAUGGAUUUGGAUAAAUAUUCGCUGGACGAGCAGAUGCAAGUUGUCGAUACGAUGGUAUAUCAGAGAGGCAGACGAACAAUGACUGGCGAUGCUUUGACUAUGGUUGCAGAUCAGGUUGGUAUCGUAAAACUUUGCUUCAUUCUAUAUAAUCGGAAGGAGAACUAGGUUAGGAUCAAAUACACAAGGCCUACUCUGGGAUCUUAAAUCGCUUUAACUCGCCUUAAAUUGCAUUGCGUAAAAGUUGCAGUUUUUGCUUAAAUCGCUUAAGUCGCCUAAAAUCGCUUAGACUCGCAUUAUCUCGCGGCGAGUUUUGGCAAGUUACUACCUCAGAGCAGGCCGAGCACACCAUCAUAAUUAUAACACGAUAAUUAUAUAACAUCAUAAUUAUAAAAUUCCAUACGUGUUAUAAAAGGAGUUGAUGUAUGGAAUGAAGCUUCCUAUAACACAUUCAAAAAAGAAAUUGAAGAAUAUUUUUUACUGAAACAAGUUAUCGACUCAUGUAAGCUUUUGAAAUGUACGUAGGACAAUGUCUCGUCAUACAAUAGCUGACAUUUUUAUCUUCAUGAUCAUAUUGUAUUAAAUCUUUUCAUUCACUGUAUUAAGAAUUAAUUUCAAUAUGUAAUAUACAUACUGAACAUAACUAGAGACUUAAAUCAAAGCCUUUUUAGCAAAAUAAUCGAUUCUAACGUUUUCUUCCAAAAUUUUCGUAGGUCUUCAACGGUGACCCGCAAAACGGCGAUAGACCUGGGGUCAAGAAUGUCCUAUUAAUAUUCACUGAUGGUAAUGCGCAUGACCUUCCCGUGGCUUUGAAACAAGCCGAAGUCUUGAAAUCACGCGGGGUACGCGUGAUCACCAUUGGGGCUGGGGUCAGAGGAGAUGUACGACAAUUUGAGGGCGAGCUCAAACAAAUGUGCACGGAUCCUGCACGUGACUUUUUGAUGGUGGACUUUAAGGAUCUUAGCGGUUUUGCCAAUGAGGCGUUCCCACUGAUCUGCAAAGAUAAAGCAAGGCAAAAGAAAUUGUAAAUAAAGAAGAGUGGAAAAGAACGCCGAGGAAUGCUUGCCUUCCCGAAGGACUCGGUGUGAUGUAUUAUACAGAGAGCAUAUAGGAAAUACUUGCUAUAGACAUUAUGAAAAUGAUGCAAGAAUGAAAAUGACAGGAAUUGAAAUAUAUAUUUAUUAUGUAACUAAAAUAAUAGCCGAUCUACAUGCAUCUGGUCUCUUCUUGGCCGUGACUGUUGCGAUCAUGUCCAAGUAAAAACCAGGUUUAAGUUAAGAAAAUCGUUAUAGCUAACAAGCAAAUAUUAGGUUUAGCUGACUGUAGAGGUUGUUUAAGAACAGUAGCGAUCAACACGCGGGCGAAAAGCGCAAUUUAAAGAUAAAUAUAUACAGGCCAGCAAAUGACUUUCAAACACGACAUAAUAAAAAAAGAUUUAUUUGACGUUCACAUCGCAUCUUCAGAGCAUUUAGGUUUAUUUGCAAGAGUAUAUUUGCUGAGCUUUUUAUUUAUUUUUAAAUUGUACAAAAUGAUAUUUUAUUUAGAAAUAAAAUUGCUAGUAUAAGAUAUUGA